AUGAGUUGGAUAUUCCACAAACGAUCAGUUCGAUGUGCAAUUUGCCUUGAUUGUCACAAUGGUUUUCAGGUCCGACUUGCUCCAAUUCGAACACCUUCUUCUAUUUACUGGAUCUUUGUCGCUAAUUUGAUGACAACUAUUGCUAACUGCUUUGCGAGGUUCUAUUCCCACAAGCAAAAGAAAAACCCUUUUGUCAGAAAAUCUUCAAGAGAUUUAAAGAUACAAGUAAGACAGUUUGGUGAAAUUAAGGAAGACAUAGCAACACCAAAUAAUGUACUUACUGAACCAUUCCGACCUUGCGAACUUAAUGCUGCGAUAAAACAGCUCAAGUGCAAGAAGUCUCCUGGCAAAGACGGUAUUCAUCCGGAAUUUCUAAUUAGAAUGGGACCAACAGCCAAGGAAACCAUGCUGACGCUUUACAACAAAAUCUGGGAGACCAGUCUCGUACCUAACCAAUGGAAAGUUGCCANAGAUCCUGGUUAUGGUCACAAAAGAGUCAUUGCUAGUAUUACCAUCGGUAGCAAAAGCAAUCAAGCUAUCAUGAAACUUCAAGAAGGCUGA